AUCAGAGCACACAGGAAUUAAAGUAGUCAGGAUACGGCAUGCGCGGCUAUCCAAUCAUUUAUUUAUCAUCCUGUCCUUAACAUAGAUACAUUUCUUUUGCCUACUGUUAAUUAUAUAUAUAGCUAGCCAUUCGAGGGAUCCUCCUAGUCUCCGCAACAGCUACCACUGCUGUCCAGAGAGCUUUUAAACAGAUCUUGAAGAUGUCAUCUAAACCGACUUGUCUCAUAGUGACAAGUGGAGCUCUACAUGGAGUGACUGCACAGUCGUUUCUCCAGUCUUUCAGUCUGUGCAGCCCGGUCUUUAAUUUACAGACGGCGACACCAGGGGGCAAAUCUAUUGACUUUGUUGGGGUGGAUGAAAGCUCAUCCAGAUGGAUUCAGGAAUUCAGUGCGAAGCCAUACGCCAACCCAGCAAAACUGGAGUCCAUAGAUGGAGCACGUUACCAGGCCUUGUUGAUCCCUGACUGCCCUGGUGCCCUCAGUGACCUGGCACAUAGUGGAUCACUGGCUCGCAUUCUUGCUCAUUUCACGUCCCAGCAAAAACCAGUGUGUGCAGUGGGCCAUGGGGUGUCUGCACUGUGCUGUGCCACUGAGGGACAGCGCUGGAUCUUCAGCGGCUAUAGCCUGACAGGGCCAUCUGUGUUUGAGUUAGUGCGAGAGACUGACUUUGCCAAGCUGCCACUUAUAGUGGAAGACUUUGUGAAGGACAGUGGUGGCUCUUACACUGCCAGCACAGAGGAUGCAAUCCAUGUGGUUCUAGACAGACACCUGGUCACGGGUCAGAACCAACAGUCCACUUGGGCCGCAGUAAACAACCUCAUUAUACUUUUUAAUGGCAGGAAGUAGCAGCGACUGUGUGGAGCACCACUCUUAUUCUACUCCGAUUCAAAUUGCCUGUGUAUUUAUCCAUCUGUCACCACUGCUGUCUGCUGUCAGAACAUCUGCUCUCAUUUGCUAUGGAUUUUCCAGAAAUAGAUCUAGACAAUUGAUGGAUUUUGUCUCAGUUAAAAUGAUUAUUUUUCUGUUUUACGCAGUAUGGAAAAUCUUCAUUGUUUAUUUCUCCUACACUGUUUAAUAGGUUAUUUUUAUGUUAGGCCUAUAUUUAUAUUCAUCCAGCUUCGUUAACUGUUUGCCCAGCAGAGGGUCACAGUGAACAUAUUCCAGGAAGCACAGGGUGGAGGACACUAUGAACAGGAUGCCGGUCCAUCACAAGACACGCACACACAGGUUUGUAGUUAUAUGUUUGAAGGGACUCUCCAUUCAUUUCUAUGGGGAAAUCUCUAAUUACAACAUGACAAUUUUAAGCCCUACCCAGAAAAAUGGUCCCCACAACAUCAAAAUAACAUGUUUAUAUCACAAUGUGGGCACAUUUGUUCCCCACAAUUUAAUAUAAACCGAAUCCACACAUACACAGCCAUGGGUGGGAACUGAACAUUCAACCCAGGAGAACUGUAGAGCCUCCCAUUAAAGUGCCAUGCCUGAAUUCUAAAGUGCAAUAUUUUGGUAUAGGUACAAGGCAGGAUAAACAAUUACAACUUUUAAGAACUUUUAAUUUUAUUCAUUAAACCUCCCCAAUUAACUCGAGUCAUAAUAUGUUGGGCUUAUACUGACAAUUUGUCUUUAUUUUCUCUGCUGCCUUAAUGACCAGUGUAGAAUAGUCACAGAUUUUUGCAAGGACAUAAAAUGUAUAACUGAAAGAUUGGUGCAAGAUGGUUUCCUGUUCAGGAUGUCUGGGGCACACGUCUGAAAGAGUGCAAUAAAAGAACAUGCGUGAUGUAAAAUUAUCAGCAUAGAAGAAUGAAAAA